AUGAGCGAAACCUCGAAGGCACUUAAAGAGUUAGGAAAGCUUAAGAAUUUAGUGAAGGUGCAGGCUGCUGUAAGGGGGCACUUGGUUAGAAAGCAUGCUGCUGGGACUUUACGGUGCAUUCAAGCCAUUGUCAAGAUGCAAGUUCUUGUUCGUGCUUGUCUAUCUCAAGACGGGCUUUAUUCUGAAAAUAAGCUGGAUGGCAAGCUCCAUAAUGACAACCAAACUUUGGGAAGCUCAGCAAUAAAACAAAAUGAAACUUGUACAUCCAUAGAGAAUCUGCUUAGCAAUAAGUUUGCUCGUCAGAAAUGGGAGAAAAGUGACAAUUAUGAGACUCCUCUUACUACAACAGCUCAAUCUGAAGCGAUCUCCGAGUCAAACGAACCAAAAACUGACGUAUGGGAGAUAUUGGUAUCAUCAAAGAGUGAAGAGAAUCCGAUCACCGACAAUGCAGCCAACUUUAAGUUUGAGGAAUGUGAGCAAACUUCCUCUCCAGUAACGGAUGAUAUGGACCAACCUCAGAUUGACACUAUUACAUCCGACCUAAAAGAGAACUCUCAGGAGAUAAACACACAGGAUCAAAUGAUGCAAACAGAUGCUCAUUCUCAAACACUGGACAGUUGUCUUUCUAGCAAGCUGGAAAUAGAGAGUGAACAACCCAAACAUUCUACGAAAAGAUUUGCUUCUGAACAACUGGAAACGGAGCCAAUGAAAAUUGCAUUUGGGUCAAGGAAGGCAAAUAAUCCUGCAUUUAUUCCUGCACAAACAAAAUUUAAGGAGUUGAAUUCAACUGCCAAUUCAAGUAGAUCAGUUGAUUCAUCCCCCCAAGACAUUGGAGAUGAAUCGAAUGUGGGUACUCUGUCAUCUGAGGCAGAUACGAUAAGCAGGUUGACCAAACCAAGCAUCACAGGAAAUGCAGUCAAUAAUAGGAAGGUUCAAUGCAGUGGCUCUGAAUGUGGAGCUGAAAUCUCUAUUAUUUCCACUCUCGGUUCACCUGAUAUAUCUGAAGUUUCUGAGCAAAAAAUUUUCAGUUCCAACAGUAUUAAGGAUUUGAAUGUUAAAGAAAACAAAACAGGUGCAAUCAGAAUGACUGAUUCUUCUCUGUCUACUGCUGUUGUUGCAGACUCCCCUCAAGUAGCGCAGCAGCCACCGAAAGGCACACCUGAUUUGCAUAGAGAUCUGGAUUCUGAGAUGGGUAAUCAAGCAUACAUAUUAUCCCCAGAAGCCUCGCCCAAGUGCCAUAUGAUUGUUCCAGAAUCCCAAAGAACACCUUCUAGUGAGGUAUCAGUGAAAGCUAAAAACAAAAAGGACACAAGCUGUCAAAAGAGUAAGUCCUUGUCUGCUGCUAAGAGUUCUCUACCAACUCCAGCUCAUGAUAGUGGAGCAAGAUGUAGCAUGGAACAAUUGCCCAAAGAUCAGAAAAAUGGAAAGAUACGUAAUUCUCUAGGUUCAGGAAGACCUGACAACAUUGAUGGUGAGCCGAGAGAUAGUAACAGCAGCAAUUCUCUUCCCCGUUUCAUGCAUGCCACGGAAUCUGCAAGAGCAAAGGUUAAUGCAAAGACCUCACCAAGAUCGAGUCCAAAUGUGCAAGACAGAGACAUUUAUAUCAAGAAGAGACAUUCCUUGCCUGCUGCUAAUGGGAGGCAGGGUUCUCCAAGGAUCCAGGGACCAAUUUCUCAAUCCCAUCAGGGUGCAAAAGGAAAUGGUACAAAUCCUAUGCAUGAGAAAUGGCAAAGGUGA